CACAAAACAAAAAUUAGUUUUUAUUCAAAUAAAAUUAAAUUAAAAAUAAAAAUAAACUCUAUUAAACAAUAAAAAGUGAAAAAGUAACAACAGCAAUCCAACCACCAAUAGAAUUUUAACACUUUUAGGCUGUUUAUAAAGAGGUUAUAUUCAUAAGUUCUUCAUUGAACUAAGAUUUUAUAUGAUGAAGAUUUGCGGAAUUUGCGGAGGCAAUCACCACACUAACGAUUGCGAUAUAAUACAAAUCGUUGUUCAUGUCACCGAUAGUCCGAUUCCUUCCAAAGCCAAGUUGACUCUUCCACAAAACUUAACACUAACAAAGACUACAGAUAACAGCUAUCGCGUGACAGCUAACAGCACCAUUGCCAAAGGCACUAAAUUCGGUCCACUACAAGCCAAAAAGAAUUUUACUUUUAUCCCGGCCAUUUCUUUUCCUCUUCGAAUAUUUGUAGGGCUCGGUAAUGAAGAACAUUAUCUAGAUACUACCGAUGAAAACGAAUGCAACUGGUUGAUAUUUAUUAGCCCUGCUUGUGAUUUCCAAGAACAAAACGUAGUUUGUUAUCAGGAAGGCGAAGAUAUUUUUUACGUUACCGUUAAAGAAAUAAGCAAAGGUGAAGACUUGAAAGUAUGGUAUUCUCCAUAUUAUGCUACUAAAAUGAAAACUAAUAUAUUGAAACCUAUAAUCAAUGAACUUGAUGACAACUUAAAAACCAGAAAACUUUCAGAUGCACUCAUAAAGCGAAACAAGCAAAUAACUUCAAGGGAAAUGUGGAGUUGUAAAUUUUGUGGAAAAAGCGAGAGAAAGGUUCCAGAGUUUGCCUUGCAUUUAUUGAAACAUUAUUCCAAAAAAUUAGAAAGACGGUGCCACUUGUGCAAUAUGUCAUUCCUAAAAGUUAAGAGUUACCAGAAACACGUAAAAAUUGUCCACGAAAAAGUCAUUACAGAUAAAACUCCCACACAAAUUGCACUUAAAUCGAGUACAAGCAAUAAUGUAGAAAAAAGUGCAGAUUUGUCUAACGAGAACUAUGUUGGUGGACCUUUAUUAACGAACGAAGUGAAUUAUGAUAGUACCGAUAAUACCGGUCUGGUGCUGCCUCAAACAGACAUGGACCAUCAGAAUAUGCAAUUCGAGCAAGAUAAUUUAAAUAUGGAAUCCAUUCUCUCGGAAAGCGUGAAAGAUUUGGACAACUUCAAUUUCGAGUUAGUUGAAAACGACACUGAACAAUUCGUCUGUGAUAUUUGUUUAAAAGUAUUCAAGAAAGUCAAAUCCCUAAUUCAACAUAUGAAUAAACAUACUGGGAAAUUCACAUGCAUCGAGUGUAAUAAGGUGUUUGCAAGGCAAGAAAACCUGAAUUACCAUUCGUGCAAAUUACUGUACAAAUUUCAAUGUUACCAUUGCUCUAAACUGUUUUACCAAAAAAAGUACCUCUCCAGGCACAUGAAGUUGUUCCAUAAUAAGCAAACGAACGGAGAAGAAACCGAUGCACCCAAGGAAACUAAUAGCAACCCUUCAAUUCAGCAUGUGCAAUGCUCUAAAUGCUCCAAAAUGUUUGCACACAAAAGUAACUUAAUAAUUCACUUGAAAACGCACUUGCCAAGAGAAAAAUACAUUUGCCCAAUCUGCGAUAAACUGCUUAUAUCUCAAAAGACCUUCGUCAAGCAUUAUAAACUGCACAAAGAUCCCGUCGUUAAAUGCACUACUUGCGACAAAAUCCUGAACAGGAAAGACACUUUGAAAUACCACAUGGAAAGUGUACAUUCAGGAAAUGAAGAAAUUUGCUCAGAUUGUGGUAAACCGAUGAAAACCAAAAAAAUACUCAACACUCACAAGAAAGCUCACGAAACAACAAAGACAUACGACUGCCCUCGAUGCACCUUGAAAUUCAACAGAUCAUUCAAUUUAACGAGACACAUAAAAGUUGUACACGAAUCGAAAAAAAUCGAUGCAGACAAGAAAUUCGCCUGUGCGAUAUGCGAUAGGAAAUUUAAAUUCAACAAAUCCCUAACGAGGCACAUACGGACGAUACAUCCGCACGAACCCAUCGAGCAGAAAUCCGCCAAACUGAAGAAAUGCGCGAAAAUUUCCAACAAAAUCGACGAUUCCGUUGCCGGUUUGAAGCGAACUAUCGAUAGCAUGCAUUUCACCAACAUCGACAACUUCGAUACCGAUAGCAACGAUAGAUUAGUGGAAAGCUUGAUUAAUAACCACGUGGGUUCCGGUUUAGCAAGCGAUGCUCACCAAACUGUUUCUAUGAUGUCGAUGCUCGAUUUGGAUAUUGAUGGAAUUAAUUGAAAUUUGAAAACGAUUUCGGUUCUCUAUGCAGUAGAUUCGAAAGAAAUGGAACAUACAGAAGGUGGAGCGUAGACUUGUUUCCAGAUUCACUAUAUUUUUUUACUAAGGUAAUGAAAGGAUAAUUUUAUUAUAAUUUAUAUUUAGU